ACUUUGAUCCUUUCCAUGUGUUGCUAUAAGUUGGACAGUCCCAAUACAUGUCAUGCAAGUGUCGUAGCCAGUUUCGGAUACGAUCCAAACUACAAUUGCAUAUAAUGAGACACACCUUCACCGAACUCUUCACAUAAUAAUCUCAUUCAUACCUGAUCUCUUUCUCUCUCUCUCUAAAACCCUUCUUUUAACUUCCACAUCUCUCUUUUUCUUUGUUACGUUCAUUUACUUCAGAACCAUGGCCAUUUCUGCUGAUACUGCUCGUACCGUAGUUGGUAUCAUAGGAAAUGUCAUAUCUCUCUUCUUGUUCUUGUCCCCAGUGCCAACAUUCGUACGAAUAUGGAAGAAAAAGUCGGUGGAGCAGUACUCAGCAGUGCCGUACCUUGCAACCCUAGUGAACUGCUUGGUGUGGACGCUGUACGGACUGCCUAUGGUCCACCCGGGAAGCAUUCUUGUGGUGACAAUCAACGGCUCAGGAACGGCCAUCGAGUGUGCCUACAUCAUCCUCUUCUUGAUCUUCUGCGACAAGAAGAAGAGGCUCAAAGUAGUCCUUGUGGUUCUUCUCGAGCUCAUCUUCAUCGGGGUUCUCACUCUUUUGGUCUUGUCUUUGGCCCAUACUCACAAAAAGAGGUCCACGGUUGUUGGCACCAUUUGUAUUCUCUUUAACAUCAUGAUGUAUGCUUCUCCCUUGGCCGUCAUGAAAUUGGUGAUUACGACGAAAAGCGUGGAGUUCAUGCCAUUCUUCUUGUCAUUUGCCUCUCUUGCAAAUGGUGUUGCUUGGACAACUUAUGCUCUCAUCCGUUUUGACCCUUUUAUCACUAUACCCAAUGGGCUCGGCACACUCUUUGGAGUGGCUCAGCUCAUUCUCUACGGCACGUACUACAAAUCAACUCAACGCCUCUUGGCAGAGAGGAAAUUAAACGCCAAAGAAGUCAACCUAUCAGAGGUUGUUGUGGCUGAUCAAGAACAACACAAGAAAGCAGCCAACGGCCAUGCUUCUCAGAACCAUUGAAUUACUAUACGUCUGAAAGUAGUGGAUCCGUAUAAUAGUACUACUCAUUCCCAAGUAUAGAAGUUACACUUUAAAAUUGUGUCGACUUCUUUUUUUUGGGACUUUUUUUUUUUGUAAUUUUUACUCUUUUUUGUGAGUAAGAAGAAGAAGAAGAAGAAGAAGAAGAAGAAGAAGAAGAAGAAGAAGAAAAUAGUCUCGGUUUAAGCUCGAGACAGCUAGAUAACAUAAUAGCCGUGGUGUCUAAACCACUGAGCUGUCCAGUACUGUGUUGUAAUGGUUUCUCUUUUUAAUUUCCUUCUUUUCAGCACAAGCUUGUGACAUGACAAAUAUAAGGUCAUGUGUACGUACGUCAUACGGCGGUAUUAUAAUUGUUAAUAACAAACUACGUACGUGUUCUCUUUUUACCA